AUGACAGUAAAAGACGAUGGAGGUGGUGGUUGCGGUAGCGGUAACGGUGGUGGUGAUGGUGGUGGUGAUGACAACGAAGAUGGUGGUGGCGGAGGCGGAGGAGGUGGUGGUGGUUGUGCUAAUGGUGGCAUAGGUGGUGAUGUUCAUGAUAGUUGUGGUGGUGGCGGCGGUGGUGGUGGUGAUGGUGGCAACGGAGGUGGUGGUAGUGGUGGUGGAGGCGGAGGAGAAGACAGUAGAGUUGGUGGUGGUGGAAAUAAGAAUGGGACGAUUAUGCAACAAACAUUGAUAUAGGAUCAAUUGACCGGGCAAGGAGAAAUACACGGUUUAGACUUGAUAUUGUGGGCCUCUUGUUCCUUAUUGUGAUGCCCUUCUUGUGUUAAUUGUUAAAUGAGAUAUCUUAAACUAUCAACAAUGAUUAAUAAUAAAUUAGGGUGUACACCAUGCUUUGAGGUC